CCCGCACUAUGCUAGCACUUCUUCAACACAACAGGCUGACGUGUAAAGCUAUUUGAAAGUGAAAACCGAUUGGAGGGGAAUGAAAUUUCAUUUCCCCCCAACGUAGCUCUCUCUCUCUCUCUCUCUCUCAAUGCAACGUUGAGCUACUAGAAAUCGCCGCCGGUCGCUCGCCGAUCGUCUCCUUCAGUAUGCAUGAAACCCCCGCCCCCUCUCCCUCUCUCUCACUGGCCGGUCAUCGACGGUGUUGGUUCUGUCUCGCCGCUCGCUCGCCCUUUUCUGUCUCCUCUGUCUGAAACCGACAUUGUCUCCUUCGUCCAACCCCACCCCUCUCUCUACGUUGAACCGGCGGCGUUUGUUCUCUCGGCGGUCGGCCAUCCUUCACCGGGGGUUUGGCGACUGGAUCUGUCUCCGGCGACGCCACAAAAGAUCUCAUUGCCGUCCUCUGUCUCUAUUAGCCGUUGUUCUUCUCUACCAGUACCGUCUCCACCGCCGGUGUUUGAGAUUUUGCUUGGUUCUGAUUUGGUUCUGUUGUUCUGCGUAUUGCUCAAGGGACUCCUCCACUGGUAAGUUGACUGUGAAGAGUUUUCCAUGUGAUGAUUUUUUGUUCUCCAUGCUAGUAAUUAGUAUCCAUCGUUUGCUUGCUUUCAUAUUGUGGGAGUUGUUUUUAUCUCAUUGAAUGUAUGCAUAUAGAAAUUGCUUUGUAAAGUUUCUGUUUUGGAGUAUUUAUGUAAAAUUCUAUUAGAUACUUAAUCUUCAUGUAUCACUGAUUGUUUUGUUGCUUAUUAGAAUCACUUUGUUAGGUUUCUGUCAUGGAGUAAUUAUGUCUUGUCUUGGAUACCCAGUUUCAUUUACUUGUACAUAUGAAAACUUGAAAUUUUCUGAGUGCAUGUGAAGCAUUGCGUUAAUGUUACCUUGCAUUGGUAGGCUGACUCUUGCUUGCAUAAGGGGUGGGCAUCAAUGCUCCAGUAAGUAGGUGAUGCUCCCCUGAUCACCUUCAUGUUUUGCAUGCAUGUUGAGUGUAGCCACUUCAUUUAAUGGUUGUCAAAGAUUAGGAUUGAAUAGUGCUUGCUCAUUCCUGCCCUUUAAGGCCAACAUUCAGUAAUGAGCUUUUAAACCUUUAUUGUUGAUUCAAUUUUAAGAGACAAUUAUAUAAACUCAUAGCUAAGUUCUUACUCUAGUUUGUUUUAAUUGUAAUAUUAUUUGAGUAUGAAUUAAAUCCACAAUGUCAAAGCUCAAUCCAAUGUGAUCGUAACAAUAGGAUAUUCCUUUAAAAAAAUUUAAAAAAAAAAGUAAGUUGGGUUUGUUUUUAUGCAAUCAAGUUGUUAUUAUUAUACUUACAAAAAAAAAAAUUGUUAUUAUUAUUAUUAGAAAGGAAAGAGCGAUGACAUUAUUAUUAUUAUUUAAUUUAGGACUACUGGUAAGAUCGAAAUUUCUUAUAAUUAGAGUGCCCAAAGAGAGAGUGCCUACGUAGUUCACCUGCAAUUCGGACAGUUAACAAAGAAGAGGUAUAAGGCUCAUGACUUGCCCUCCAAUUGGAUUGCCUGGAGAGGGGUUGUGGGGUUGCUUAUAAUUUGGGUGGGUUGUGAUUCAUAUACAACAAGAUUUAUACAAUUUUUACACAAUACACUCAUAUAGGGUACGGUGGGAUCCAUGUGGUGGAUCCCACUUACAUGAGUCACAUUCAUGUGAGUGUGUUGUGUAAAUUUGUUGUGUAAAUAUCAUUUCUCAAUUUGAGCAGUCCAUAAAGAAUGAGGUGUGGGGGCCCUACACCUUUAAGGGUAAGUGGCGUUGUAAUUCUAUUUUUUGCAAUUUGGUUACCCUAAUUGUAAUAAAAGUAAUAUCACCUACUAAACCAUCAUUUUAUUUGACUUAUGUGUCAUGCUCAUCAACCCUUGAAUAAAUUAUUAUUAAAAAAAAAAUCAAUGACAUAUGAACACUAGUACAUAUGCCGAAUAAAAAUGGGGUGUAGUGUGUUCCAGUAAAAAAUCUUAAUUUGUUAUGGGUCUAUUAUUGGAGAGCCCAUUUCAUUUUUGUUUAUAAGAUCGUUCACUCUUUCUUCCUUUAGGAUUAAAAGUGUUGGUACAGUUUUCGGUAUGGUGACGUGUCGCCUGAUGAUUCGCUGCUGGGUUCUGAUCUACUACCUCAAUCCUGCAAAAAGAACAAACAACUCGUCGGGGGUGCCGACUACGCCCACUCCGAUGCCUAAGUCAGUUUAAAUCAAUUUUCUGCAGAGUAUUCUUAAUCUUAAUCUCAAGAGCUUAGAGAAUUCGUCCCAUACCUGGUGCGGCUAUCGUAUUUAUAGGCUGGACUUGCAGUCUUACCAGAUUUGCAAUCUUACUAGAAUUCUUGACACCUAGUUGGAUUAGGAGUUGGAGUCCUAGCUUAGUUGAACUUUAACCAUAUCUUCAGGGAAUUCGGAUGGGAUUGUAGAGUCGGAAGUCGAUUGCGUUUGUACCUCUUUAAACUUGAUUCCGUAUCAAUAACUAUCUUAUCCCAUUAAUUAUGGAAUUGUGGUUUAUCCCUGAUCUUCUGGG